AUGAAGAUAUUAGCUAGUGAGACAAAUGAUAAUGGUAUCCCUAACACUGCUGAUAUGCAGAUCAACAGUCAAAAUUCAAAUUUAAAUUUGAAAAAAGUUAUUCCUGAUGCUGAAGUUCUUACACCAGAAAAAACAGAAGUUAAGCUCGGCAACUUUAUGAACGAUAAAAUCAAACGAGGUCGCGAAAAUAAAAAAAGAGAUAUGCAGGAUGCUGACAAAAUGGAACUCAAAGAUAUAAAGGCGAAAGAUGUAAUCAAUCGUGUUGAUGAUAAAGUCAAGUUGAAAUCUAACAAACUAUCAAAUAUUCUGUUGAAGCGUGAUGGAUACAGUGAGAAGAUUAACAAAGUAAAAAGUGAAAACCAUUUUCAGAGGCGUUUACUGGACGUUGGUGAAGACGGUGAUAUCUCAAGUCAGCGAAAACAACUCAGUAAACUGCUGGAAUCAUUCUCCCUGGGAUACGAAUCCCCUGAUACUGGUAACCAUGACAACAGCCUGGACAUAGACACAGUUACAACUAUUGACAGUGGCAAUGUUAAUAAUCAAGAUGAGUCAACCGAGAGUACAGAAGCUGACCUUGAAGAUGACUUACCAUUACCGCUUUCUAGUCUACACACACGACAACAAGAUGCCUCUAAUAAUCACCAAGAAGAACUGCUCUAUGAUGCACAGUGGAAAAUAUUGCAAAAAUAUUUCAGAAAUAGUGAUGCAAAUUUUAAUCUUUUAACUUACGGUGGGGAACAUCAGAGUUUGCUUGGAGCCAAGGUUGCUCACAUGUAUCCAAACAGUACGGUGGUGACAGUAAUACCACCAUUAUUACGAAUGAGAAAAAUCAUUGAAAAACACAGAAAGUUACAGCAGUCAUUAUCAUUAUACAAUAAUUUGUUAAUUAACCGUCCAUUCACAUCUGAGACUGUGUAUAACAUGCACAGAAUGCCAGAAUUCUUUAGGUUUCAGGUUCUUGGCUUGCCAGUAUUUAACCAGAUCGCAUCCAUGGGGCACUAUUUUUCUCAGUAUCUGGGUAGAUUACUGUCAAUGGCAAAAACAACAUUUAUUGAAGUCCCAUCACCAUCUCAGCUUGUUCUUGCUGAUAUUUUGCUUGGCAAUCAUACAGAAGUGGAGAAAAAUGGACCAUCUGUCUACAAG